AUUCUGACCGCACAUUUUGGUGACAUCACUAACAGCAGCAAUGGCCGCUUUCCGCAGAGUGGCCUCGUUGGCCGUUAAACUUAACCUGUGCUCGGUGUCAAAAAACGAAUUGGCCGGGCGUCUGGCCGCCUCCAGAGCGCGGAAGUGUCUCACAUUCGGGCUUUGUCUGGCGACGGGAGGCGCCGUGGCACUUUACUUCUACGAGGACAUAACUAACCGCAGAGGCUGGAGGAGGACGAUGGGGACUCACAGCAUCCACGGUUUGCUGCCGUCCAUCCCAGCUGUUGAGGCUAAAGAGAUGGCACAUCCAAUGGAAUUUGAAGAAGGAGAGGUCCACAUGUCGUCCCUUGAGCAUCGAUUCCGUAUGUUUAGCUCUGUGGAGUAUGAAGGACAACUCUACAUGACUCCUCAGAACUUCAUUGAGUCAGUUACCAUGAGUGAACCAAGGAAAAAGAGGCCCUGGAGGUCCCUGACCAAACAGGAGCUGGAAAAAAUUCUAUCAGAUACACCUCCUGUAUGGAGAGGAUCAUCCAAAUUAUUCCGUAAUCUGAGAGAACGAGGUAUCAUCUCAUACACAGAGUACCUCUUCCUGCUCUGCAUCCUGACAAAGCCGCAUGCUGGUUUUAAGAUUGCUUUCAAUAUGUUUGAUGCAGACGGCAACCAGAUGGUGGACAAGAGGGAGUUCUUGGUGCUUCAGGAGAUCUUUCGGAAGAAAAAUGAGAAAAAAGGCCGGAGAGGGGAUGCUGAGAAGUCAGCACAGUUGAGUAUGCAGCUGUAUGGAUAUCAGGUUGCCCCCAUGAACAGCGUGCUAAAAAAAGACAGUCAAGAGUUUGUGGCACGGAGUUACUGGGACGUUCUCAGGCGAGGCGCCAGCCAAAUCCUCUUUUCUGACCUGGCAGAGCGUGCUGAUGAGAGUUUAACCAUUGACACCACCCUGCUGGUCCAUUUCUUCGGAAAGAAAGGGAAGGCCGAGCUCACGUUUGAUGACUUUUAUAGAUUCAUGGACAACCUCCAGACUGAGGUGCUAGAAAUUGAAUUUCUGACUUACUCUAAAGGGAUGGCCACAAUCAGUGAAGAGGACUUUGCCAAGAUCCUCCUGCGCUUCACCAAUGUGGAAAACAUUGGUGCCUAUUUGGAAAAUGUCAGGCACAGCAUCCCUGAUGAAAAGGGAAUUACCUUUGAUGAGUUCCGUUCCUUUUUCCAAUUUCUCAACAACCUUGAGGACUUUGCCAUUGCCAUGCAGAUGUAUAAUUUUGCCUCUCGCUCCAUCGGACAAGAUGAGUUUGCAAGGGCUGUAUAUGUGGCCACAGGUCUUAAGCUGACACAUCACUUGGUCAACACUAUCUUCAAGAUCUUUGACGUGGAUCACGAUGAUCAACUCUCUUACAAAGAGUUUAUUGGCAUCAUGAAGGACAGACUGCACCGAGGUGCCAGGGGAUACAAAGCAAUGGAGCGAGCCAUCUCUUUUAGAUCCUGUCUGAAAAGAGAGCUGGCAAGCAGAUAAGUGAAAGCAAUUCCAUCUGAAGACCACACGCCACACCUUUUUCUGCUGUGUUCCCAAGAGACAAGUGCACUCAUCCUGGAUGGGUGGCAAAGACGUCAUCGACUUGCUGGGUUUAGAACUGUAGAUGGAUACUGGACACACAAGGGUGUAGGUUUGCAUAGGAAUGGUAGGGACUUAACACACUAGCAACUUCUCAGGAUGCUCAAAUUGUCCCCACCAACUUUUAAGCAACCUUAUUUGCAUUAUAUAUUGAGUUCAGUUAUAUUGGUAAAUUAGAUUUCUCUUCCUAUAUGUUGUAAGGAUAGAAUUGAUCCUACCAUUAUUAUGUAAUCAUUUUCAUCAUGUUCAGAUUUACCGUAAUUUUCGCACUAUAAGCCGCAUCUGACUAUAAGUCUCCACCCACCAAAUUUGGCACGAAAACAGCAUUUGUUCAUAGAUAAGCCACACUGUACUACUACUGUACUAUAAGCCGCAGCUGUGCUCACUCUAUAAUGGGAUAUUUAAACCAAAAAUUAUUAACCGGUAACACCUUAUUGACAGCAGCAUCAUACAACUUUCAUAAGACCCAAUGAACCAUCAUUGCUUCAAGAAGCUUCAUUUGGCCAUCAAGGGAGUCCCUUGGGGGAGACAGUCAACCUCUGCUGUCACCUACUGUCAACACUGUUGUUGUCCAACAUGCCUCCUAGCCUGCAUUGCAGCGCUAUUGAUGUAAACAACAAUCAAAAUUUAUGUUAUUUGCUAAUUAUUUUUUCAGUUACUAUUCCAGCUGUAGGGGUGAGAAUCGAGAACCGGCUCCUAUAGAGAACCGGUUCAGUGUGUUUCAAUUCCAUGGUAUCGUUUGGCAGUUUAUCUAACGAUUCUCUUAUGAAUUCCAACCUGCACGAUUUACAUCACAUAACUUACGUACGUUACACACAUUCGAUUGUGCAAGUAUGAGUACAUGAUUAUUUAAAGAGGGAUCACUCACCGAAUAAAAUCUGAUGAGUCGUCGCCGCGAAAUUUUACAUUGAUUUUCACAGGCCAAGUCAUUAUUCGUGAGACUACUUCAAGAAAUGGUGAUUUAAAAAAAAAAAAAAAAAAAAAAAAGUCUAUUAAUGGGUCUAUCGUAUUCCUCGUCGAAUACUCUAUAGGAAAUAUAACAUAUAUAAUAAUAUAACAUGUAUGCAUCUAAAGUUAUCCUAAACGAUUUUAGAUACGUAUACAUUUUUAGUUCAGCUAGAUGGAUGAAAUGUUUUGUAAGAUAUGGAAAUGUUCCACUAAGUAAUUUCAAUAUGUGAAAUGGAUGUGGGUGGCUGUACUUACUUUAUAUUUACACGAAUGUCAUGCAUGCGAGUUUUUAUGGUCUUUAGUACCUCCUCUCAUUUUAUUACUAGAUGAUGUUUGCUGUGAACCCCUUACGUGCACUGAGAGAGCAAUUGUAAUAUGCUCCAGCUAAUUGCUGAUAUCAUAGUGUCAAUCUUUGAAAUAUCACGCGAGUAUACACUAUAUGUUCCAUUGAAAUAUAAAUUAUAAAUGUACGUACUUUUUAAAGUACAAGGGGAAUAAAUCAAGAAUGCAAGAGGUCUGUUUUUUUUUUUUUUUAAUAUUUGAACUUACAUGCAUAUAAACAUCUGCUUCACUAAAGAGUUGACAAAAAAAUUGACACAUACAGAUGCAAUUUACAUUUUCAUUGCAAUAUAUAUAUAUAUAUAUAUAUAUUCUCAUCAGUUUAUUUCUUUUUUUUUUUAAUUGCUAAUUAGUCUUAUUGAUUUCAAUGUAUAGUCUAUUUCUGACUGGGAAAAUGCAAAUAUGGGAGGUUUCUUUCCCGACUUUUGUUUCUUUUGUUUUUGGAGGAAAAAAAAAAAAACUUAGCAUAAAGAAUAAUCAAAUGUAUUAGAUAUUCAAAACUAUUACCUCUGGGGUAAGUGUAGUAACAAAUAAUCGCUAAAUUUAAAUUAUAGGGCACAGUAGAACCGUGGAAAAAAUAGGUUUCAAAUGCAGUCCAAAAUUGUUCAGGCUUCAGUUUAUUAUGCGCAUGCGCAAAGAGCAACCUUACGUAAUACUUUUUAAUUCGAGGAACUUGGAAGUUGAUUGAACACACAUUUUAAAAUUUGCAUUGAGUAUUUAAUGAGUUGAAUUCUUAAAUUCCUUCGUCUGCAAUAUACCGGUAAGACAACAUUUGCCAAAUACCAGCGUAAUACAAAGAAGGCUUAUUGACGAGUAGGACGGAGUGUACUGUAGUUUAGCAAUACCUGUUUUUGCUAACCGAAAAUUUAUCUGUUUUUAUGGUUAUAUUUUGCUUUCCUUCUGUUCAUUUGAUACCUUGACGUUUUAUUUCAGAUUGAUCAAUCUCUAAGGCAAUUUCGAUGUAGAAUUAUAGUUAUUUAGCAUUAUAAAAGCCAAAUUAAUAGAAUAAAUGAUAUUAGUCAUUGCCAAAAGGGUGCCCUCAAGUGUCACAAAAGAAAACUACAACACAGUCACUAAAGAUACUGCGUUUUAGGAUUAGACCUAUUUAUAUUCUGGUUCGUUUUCGCGUUGUAUUCUUGUAAUGAUUCACUGUCUUAUUUUUUUAAUCGUUAAGUUUUAAUGUAAAUAUUAAAUUACAGUGUUUGACCGUUCCGGUGCUCAGCAAUUCCUUUCGCAGCGAAACGUCUCCACAAUGCUCAGCGCGCUUGCGCAAGCAUCCGCACACAAGCGCACAUCGGUUUCAAGCGGAGAGUACUCAAUAUUUUUGUUUUUAUUGAGUUUUUUUUUUUUUUUUUUUUACCUUUUCAUUGCCUCAAAAAUAUUUUUUGCAUGUAUUACCCUCUCAUACUUUUAACCAUUGUGUUUUUGUGGUAGCUUUAAAGCAGUUGACCACAUCAGUCACGUAACGUAUUUAAACCGUCCUUAUUUGAUAUAAUUGCAUUUAAGUGUUUUCUUAAGGCAUUUUUAGUACGUUCUGCCUGUAUGCAUCCAAACAAAACAAGUUGAGAGCGCACGGCAGUACUUUGGGUGUCAAUUUCGACUCAUGCAGGAGAUUUUGGCAGAAAACCGGAACCUGUCUGCAUUGCUAGUUUACUGUCGGAAUGUUUAAACAGAUGCACUGUUGUUUUGCUUUUUUUUUUUUUUUCUCUGUUUAUUUUAAAUGCUGAAACGCAAAAAGGUACAGCUCAACUGUUCCCAGACUUUUGGUGGUAUAUUUAUGUACUGUAUUUUUUUUACUGAGACUCUAGCACUCCUUUCAUAUUUAAAUUAGCGUGAUUUUCUUUUAAAUGAAAAAUCCCCGAACCUCCCGCAAAGCAUUAUGGGUCUUGUAAUUUUGUCGAAUAAUUUAACAAACGUGAUGGUGAAGCGUCCAAAUGACAGUUUUUACGUAGUGUCCGUCAUUUUUCAUAACAUAGAUCGUAUAAUGAGGUUUGAAUAAAUGUCGUUGAAAGCGCGCCCUCUAGGUGAAAAUAGUAUUCUCGCAGAUAACUUGCCGUCGCCGAGCACUGAUCAGGCAAGACUAUACUUUCAGGGAUCAUUUCUAUAGUUCUUGACUUGAGAAAUGUGUUUCUAAAGUGAUUGGUCUCGCUAACCACGAUGAAGAGAGGUGAUAUUCCUUCCUGAGCGUGAAGCUGGCUUUGAAUAAUGAUUCCGGUCAUAAGUUCUCUGCCAUUGAUGAACGUUCGCAGCUUCGUUAAGGAGCAGUGAGGGAAGGAAUAUGAUCAGAGUGGUUACCGUGUAAAGUGAAAGCAAUGUAGUUAUUCGGCUCGACUGUCGGCAAAGUUAAGUAAGAAUAAUCAAUUUUAAAGGAAGUCCCGCUCUUUGGUGGCUGUUAAAUGUAAUUUGUACCUAGUCCUAUAUGUACAGGUGUUCGGCCAUUCCUUACUACGCGGCGAAACGUCCUACACAAUGCUCAGGGCGCUUGCGCAUGCAUUAACACGCAUGCGCACAUCGGUUAGAGGCGGUGAUUACUCACUAUUUUUGUUUUUAUUUAGUUAUUUAGAACCUUUUCACAGCCUCAAAGAUACUUUUUGCAUGUAUUACCCUCUCAUACUUUUAACCAUUGUGUUUUUUUGUGUUAGAUUUGAAGCAGUUGACCACAUUAGUCACGUAGCGUGUUUAAACCGUCCUUAUUUGAAAUAACUACAUUUAAGUAUUUUCUGCUGGCAUUUUUUUAGUACCUUAUUCCUGUAUGCAUCUAAACAAAACAAGUUUAGAGCGCACGGUAGUACUUUAGGUGUCAAAUUCGACUAAUGUAGCACCUUUCGCCGAUGUUUGGCAGAACACCGGUAGAUAACAUAAAUGUUGUAAAGCAAUAAAACUGCUACAUAAAUGAACAGAAAAUUUAUAUUUUUAUUAUGGGUCAAAAUUGUUUAUCGAACUGAUCACGAGACUCGCUUUGUCUGUAAUCCCCCCCCUCACCAAAAUAAAUGAAAAACAAGGGGAUGUUUUUCCUUUGAUUGCAAAUAUUUUUUUUGAUUGAAGCAACCUUUUUUAGGAUUAAAUGAUUUAGACAAAAUGCCCUACACACAAUAUGGCCCAAACACAAAAAAGAUUGCUUCAAAGAAAACGUUUUCAAUGAAAAUUAAGUGUUCAAAUGCAAAUUUUUCAAUCUCAAAUAUUUUUGCGCAUUCAUAUAUGUUUUAUAUGAUUGACAUUUUUCUUUUUUUGAUUUGAAGUGAUUUUUCUUUUUGAAAAUAUAUAUUUUUUGAAGCAACUUAUUUUUUGAUUGAAUAAUGAAGACAAAAACGUCCUAGCCAAGAUGUGGCCCACAUAUCAACAUUACUUAAAUUAAAAAAGUUGCUUGAAUAACAAAAACUUCAAUCCCAAAAAAAAAUUUCAAAGAAAAAUAAUUUUCAUGUGCAUUUUUUUUUUUUUGGUUUCAAUUUUAUUUUUGCAUUCAAAAACACUUUUUUUAAAGCGACUUUUUAAAAAAUUGAAAAUAUAUAUUUUAAUUGAAGCAACUUUUUUUUUUUUUUGACGCAACUUUUUUUGAUUGAAUAAUAAAGACAAAAAUCGACCUCCAUAUGGCUCCACCCAGGGGGUACAUUUUUUGACUGGGGUAACUACAUUGGCACGACACCAGCGGGCGUACAAUAUUUAAUGGUUGACGAUGUUGGCGAAAAGUAUUGCCUAAGCAGCCUGAUUUAGUAUUCCCCCAAACAAUGAUGGGAAAGAAAAACAACUUAUUAUUAUAUUUUUGUAAGGUAAUUUUAUUGCUGGCAAUGCAUUUCGGGGUCAUCAACAUGUUGUCUCCCCCCCC